UGUAUGGAGACAACAGAUGUAGCUCAGUGUAUGGAGACAACAGAUGUAGCUUAGUGUCUGGAGACAACAGAAGUAGCUCAGUGUCUGGAGACAACAGAAGUAGCUCAGUGUCUGGAGACAACAGAAGUAGCUCAGUGUCUGGAGACAACAGAUGUAGCUCAGUGUAUGGAGACAACAGAAGAAGCUCAGUGUAUGGAGACAACAGAAGUAGCUCAGUGUCUGGAGACAACAGAAGUAGCUCAGUGUCUGGAGACAACAGAAGUAGCUCAGUGUAUGGAGACAACAGAAGUAGCUCAGUGUCUGGAGACAACAGAAGUAGCUCAGUGUAUGGAGACAACAGAUGUAGCUCAGUGUCUGGAGACAACAGAAGUAGCUCAGUGUCUGGAGACAACAGAUGUAGCUCAGUGUCUGGAGACAACAGAAGUAGCUCAGUGUAUGGAGACAACAGAAGUAGCUCAGUGUCUGGAGACAACAGAAGUAGCUCAGUGUAUGGAGACAACAGAAGUAGCUCAGUGUCUGGAGACAACAGAAGUAGCUCAGUGUAUGGAGACAACAGAAGUAGCUCAGUGUCUGGAGACAACAGAAGUAGCUCAGUGUCUGGAGACAACAGAAGUAGCUCAGUGUAUGGAGACAACAGAAGUAGCUCAGUGUAUGGAGACAACAGAUGUAGCUCAGUGUAUGGAGACAACAGAAGUAGCUCAGUGUCUGGAGACAACAGAUGUAGCUCAGUGUCUGGAGACAACAGAUGUAGCUCAGUGUAUGGAGACAACAGAUGUAGCUCA